AUAUUUUGUUUUUGAUCACCAAGAGAUGUGCGGAACAAACACCGAAAUGGAGAAUAAAGGUGGUGGAUGCGUCAACCAGUUGGGAGGGAUGUUUCUCAACGGCAGACCUCUCCCAGACUCCAAAAGACGCAAAGUGGUCGAACUGGCCUCGGAGGGAGUCCGUCCGAGUCAGAUCUCCAGGAUUCUCCGGGUUUCCAACGGCUGCGUCAGUAAGAUCCUGAGCCGCUACCGGCACACGGGCCGCGUGGAGCCGAAGAGCAUCGGCGGCAGCCGCCCCAGGCUGCUCACCCCCGGCCUCGUCUCCACCAUCAUCCGCUACAAGAGGGAAAAUCCAGCUGUUUUUGCCUGGGAAAUCCGAAAACAGCUGGCGUCGUCUCGACUCUGCAAAGCUGCCAAAACUCCAAGCGUGUCGUCGAUCAAUAGGGUUUUGAGAAGGAUCCACCUGGAGGAAGGGCCUCUGUGCCUGGAGUUCAACCCACACAUCCGCGAUUUUUGCUCUCUGGUUGGAGAAGAGAGCCAGGAGGAGCAGAGACCUGACGGUCCCCGGCACAGAAACCGCACCAGCUUCACCCCGGAGCAGAGCAGGGUGCUGGAGCAAGAAUUCUCCCGGAGCCAGUACGCUGAUCUGUUCACGAGAGAGAAACUGUCCGCGGAGACCAAACUCCCCGAGGACACCAUCAAGGUGUGGUUCUCUAACAGACGAGCUAAAUGGAGGAGGGAGGACAAGCGGAGACUCAGCGCGCAAACUCCAGACUUUCAAACGCAAAAGGACUUUAUCCCCCUGGAGCCGCCGGUGGAACGCGCCUUCCCGUCCCAGCAGGGAUUAUCCAGAGUCAGCUAUGAAAAUGUCUCUCUACACAACUCCAUCACCAGAAAGUUGCAAGACGGUUUCUUCUUCCAAUCAGGAGCAGGCGUGCAGGACUCUGCAGGACGGGUGUCAGUCCCAGCCUCAGCUCCCCGUCAACCGGGUCCCGCUGCGCCUCACAAUCCAGACAAGACUCACCUGGAUCUCCACGGAGAUGCUUCCUCAUCCUGGCUGGUUUCCCAUCACACAGACGCGAGAGCAGCCGCCCGCCUGGUACCUGAGACGGUGGAAACCUGGUCCCCGGGGCCUCAGCGGUGGCAGCAGCAUGGCACGCCGCUCCUCUGGAGCCAGUUUCCUACAAACGAGAGGUUUCUGUUUGCUCACGAUGUGAACCCACACUGCUACAUGAACUGA